AUGUCGCCAUUUGAUGGACCGAGUCUCCCUGACCACAGCAGUCACAACGAAGAUCAUGCCAGUGUGAAUGGUCUGCCCAGUAGUUGUAAACGUCGGCGCCGCCCUGGACGUCUCCUCCCCUCCCGUCAAAAGAGGAUGUUCGAAAACGCCAGAGCCGACGAGACUUUCCUGGAUUCUCUAGACUCCGAAACCAGCUGCUGCGUGUCCAGAAAAAGGGUAUUGGCGCUGGAAAUUACGAAAAUGGAUAAUUGCAUCAUGGUUGAGGAGGAAUUGGUGAGUAACGAGGCGAUCCUGUCGAUUAACACUUUUCAGACUGCUAUGGUCCAGGGACCUGGGAGCGACUCGGAUUUCGGCAUGCGAUGGAUAACUCGCCAAGAUGGCUACCUAGUCAGAUGUCACAAGGGGAUUGCACCUGGUUGCGUUUCGAAUCCUGAAGACUCUAGAUACGAGGAGUUAGCCAAACGGAUAGGAGUGAUCUUCACUAACAUUACCACGAAAAGGGCCCUGAACGUCCGCUCUGGUGAAGUCUCUCGGCGGCGGGACACUCAAGGCCGCCCCGACUGGAAGGGCAUGAUUACGAGACCAGAGCUUUAUGGGAUGCGCCUCAAUGUGUUGGAAUAUUUGCGACAAGCGACCGGACUGGGGAAUAAUGCGACGGAUAUGUUGUCUGUCUUGGUUUGGAGGAAAGCGAACUCCGUCCAAGGUCCUGCAGCGUGGGCCAGCGAUGCUGUUGAGAAAGCAGAUAGGAUGAACUGUGGAACUGGAGCCUCGGCGGUGCAGGCCAUGUUGGGAAGUUCAUUAAUGCCGACGAUGCUCGGGCCGCUUGAUCUUGGUCAAGGUGGAGGCCCCGUGGUUAGAGUCGAGUUUGCCACCAUCACAUACUGCGGCGGUUGUGUGACAGAGUCGGAUUUUUGUAUCGCAUUUAUCGGCGUCGUGACCGAACUUCCUUGGGCUGGACUGCGAAGGCAUCAUCUACAGCCUGGACCUCCUCUUCGUCUGUGGCAACUUCAAGGUGCAGAUGGGGCGACGCUCUCCUUUGAGGGCACUGAGUAUCGCAUGGUCGCGGUGAAAGUCGACGAGAAAUUCCCAGGAAGAAGACGGACGAGUCGCUUCGGAGGUGUGCGUGAGGUGUUUUCAGAAAAGAUGUCUGCUCAGUCACUGGGUUCCGAGGAGGUAGAGGUAGAGGAAGAACGAGUGAUUAAAACCAGCCAGUGGCCUUACAAAUGUGAGAUUUGA